AUGUAUUCAGAUCGAAGACAUCAACAACGUGAACUAAUCGAUCAAACCAUGGCAUCAAAUGAAAAUGAGAAUCUUCCAGAAAAAUUAAAUCAUCUCAACUAUGGAAUUCAAAUCUCAGAAACAAAUAGCAAUGGUGAUGUUGAAGAAAGUCAAAUAGAGGAAUCUUGUUUUGUUCGAAUGAAUUAUCGAAAUUCAAUUUCACUCAAACAGAUUGAUGAAUUGAAAAUAGUACAACAUAAUGAAAUAGUCUAUAAAGGUUGUUUACAAGAUGGAGAUUCAUUUAUAUUUAAAUCGAAACGAGAUUCAAACGAAUCAGCGUACAAAUUAUAUAUUUAUCGUAAUGAUUUACUUGACAAUGAGAUGAUCUCUUGUUGUGAAUAUGGUUUGAUGCAUUAUGAUCAAUACAAAUCAUUUCAAAUUGAACAAAUUAUUAAAUCAAAACCAUGUCAGAAAUGUCAAUCAAAAGAUGAUACAUUUCCAUCAUUGAGCGAAGUAUCAAAAAAAAAAAACAAUCAGCAAUCAACAAAGAGACAAAAAUCAGUCUCUUUCUCGUCGAAUUCUCCAGAAAUUCGUAAAUAUGAUAAUGAUUCUUUGGAAAAUAAUCAAGAAUUCUUUCCGUUUAAACCAUUUGAAGAUGAAACGAUCUUCUUCAAUUCUAUUAAUGGAGAUUCUUCAUCGAAAAAAACGGAUCAACCUCCUCAAAUAUCACCAAUGUCAUCGUACAAUGAACAUUCUUUCCCAUCAACUCCAAUAUCAUCAGACACGACUCGUUACAAUUUCUUCGGCUUAUCCAAUCCAGAUAGAGACAGACAAAGUAAUAAUCAUCAACAAUUUGAAAAUGAAACUAAUGAGAAUGUUUCUCUGUCGAACAAUAUUUUCGAAACUUUAGGGAAUCAAUUAUACAAUCUCAUGUUUCAAGCUGGUGGAAAUACAGAAACAUCAUCAUCAGAUACAAUUCAUCGAGAGAAAGGCAAUGUUGAAUGGUUUAAUCUGAUAUAUCUACAUACUUCAUCUCCUGAUCCAUCGAUCGUACAAAAAAUUCGUCGUUUGAUAAAUAUCGUCAUGAUUUUCAAUGAUACCGAUGAUUGUUUUGCAUGUAUAAAUAGUUUAUCCAAACAAAGGAUUGUUUUGAUACUUUCUGAUAACUUUUGUGAUUCACUUCUUCCACGGAUUAAAAAUAUUUUAAAUAUUUUAUCUAUUUAUAUCUUAUCGGCAAAUCCAGAUAAGAAUUUAACGUUUUCUUCUACUCACAUUCGAGGUGUUUAUCAAUCGAUUGAUGAUAUUUAUGAAAUGAUAUCUGAUGAUGUUAAUCCAAUUAAAUCUGAUCUACUACUUAUUCGACCAGUUUAUGCAAGUGGAAGUACACUUGAUACGGCAUUUAUUUUCUUUCAUUUACUCUGUGAUAUUCUUCUUGAUCGUAAUGAAACUGAACAUGCAUUCAAAGAAUUAGUUCAUUUUGCUCGCCAAGAAUACGAAGGAAAUGAAUAUGAAUUAGCACAAAUUGAAGAGUUUGAAAAGAGUUAUAAAAAGACUCGAGCAAUAUCAUGGUUUUCUCGAAAAUGUUUCCUAUUAAAAAUGUUACAUAGAGCUAUACUUCUUCGUGAAGUCGAUAUAUUAUUUAAACUUCGUGUUUUUAUUCGAGAUUUAAAAACCGUACUUGAAAAAAGAACUAUAAUUGAACCGAUUAGUGUUUACAUAGGAAAUAUCAUUGAACAAUCAGAAAUCGCUCCAAUUGCCGCAUCUAAAACAAACGAAAAUUUACUAACGUUUCAUCAAUUUUUAUUUGCUUCUACGGAUCAAUCACAAGCAAUUGCAAGAGCAAAAAAACUUCCACGUUCUAGUGCAGAAUUUUUGAAUCUUCUCAUUCGUAUUGAUUUCCCAUCAGCAGCGAAAUGUCUUACUCGACUUUCAUCGUCGAAUAACGAUAAUGAUGGGAUCAAUAUAUUUAUUAAUGCUGGUAUUGCAACAAGAAUUAUUGCCAUCGAAAAAGAUUAUCAAGAAAAAGGUUAUAUUCUAAUUCAUUUACAAUACGUUUCAUAUGCAAAUGAAAUUAAUAUUAAAACAGAAAUGCACGUAGCACGUAAUGAAAUUGAUAAUUCUUCUCCAUUAUUUCGAUUAGGAAGAUUAUUAUUGAAAAUUAAUCGACAAUCAUUUUCCGAGCAAUUCUUUUCAAAUCUUGUUAAUGAAGACUUUCUUAUUAAUGAUACUGAACGACAAAAAUGUCUAUCACAAUCUUUAGAAUCAUUAGGAUUGAUUCAUUAUCGAAAUGAAAAUUUCAAACGUGCUAGUGAAUUACUUCUUCUUUGUUUAAAAGCUUAUCAUCGAAUUUUACCUGUGUAUAGUUCAUAUUUAUACGAAACUUAUCGUGAUCUUGGUGAAUCAUUUUAUCGUAUGGAUGAAUAUCAAUUAGGUAUUGAUUAUUAUCAACAAGCACUUGAUACUCAAAUUCGUUCUGAUAAUCCUAAAUCAAUUUAUGCAGCUUACUGUUACUAUAAAUUAGGUGUGAUUUAUUUUAAACAAGAAAAUGAUGAAAAUGCGAUUCAAGCUUUGGAACGCGCCGAGAAAAUUCUUAAACAAUCCGAUGAAAAAUAUCGCCCAGAGCUGAUUUCAGUCUAUGAGACUUUAGGUGAUAAUUAUAAUCUCAAAGACAGGCACGAUGAUGCUAUUAUUUAUUAUAACAAAGUCAUCGAAGUUUUACAAUCUAUUGAACCAAAUGAUUCCAAGAAACUUUGUGCAGUAUAUUUUGUUAUCGGAAAUCUUUAUUCGAGAAAAGAAAUAUAUCGCGAUGCUAUGAUUUAUUAUACACAUUCAUACGAUUAUGCUAGAGAAUUUUUACCAGAAAAACAUUAUACUUUUGUAAUACUUCACAAUAAUAUUGGUCGUGCGUAUUAUCAAGUAAAACAAUAUUUACCUGCAUUGGAUCAUUAUUCUCAAGGUCUUUUCUUAGCAUCAGAAAGUUUACCCGGUGAUAGUACUUUCAUCAGUACGCUUUUAUCGAAUAUAGCGUUGGUUCUUUCAGAUAUAGAAAGAUUCGAUGAAGCCAUUGAAUCAAUGGAAAAAUCUAUUGAACAACUUCGAAAAACUCUUUCAGAUAAUGACGAAGAAGUGAUUCAAAAACAAACAUUACUGGAUGCUAUCAAACAAAAGAAGAUUCUUUAUGAAAUUGUUGGCGAACCUUCUGAAUAUUUUUAA